UAAUAGUCGGACAGACAGUCGUUGGUAUCGUAUUUAUCGGUCGAUCGAUUCUCAAAAGAAGUACAAGUGGGCAAUACGUCCGAUGCCUGUUACAAAUUUAUGUAUAUAAGUUAAUAAAUUAUAUGACUAUACGAGUACAGUAGGCAUUAUAAUUUUGUUUUAUAUAUUUUUUUUUUUUAUAAUAAUUGUUUUAAUAUAUUUUUGUUAACAUGCUCAAGACGUGUUACGGUUUGUGUUCCCUGCGCACAGGAGUAAAAUGUGUAGCGUUUUACGAACUGAUUUGUACAAUCCUGUUCUUUUUAAGUGUUUUCGUGUACGAAACGUUUAGUAAAAUUCAUCUAGUUCACGAUGAUGUUGACGUUUAUUAUUUCCUACAGUCGUGCAUAAUAAUAAUUACUCUGUUAAAACUAUUCGCCAGCGUGUCUUUGAUGCAAUCUACAUUUCAGAACGCCCCGUCAAAGAUAUUUAUUUGGAUUGUGAUCGCUUGCAUCGUUUACCUCACUGCAUUUAUCGUUUCGAUUAAGAUGUACAUCCACAAAGUGCACCGCAAUAGGCUCAUAGCCAAAUCCGCAGACUCCGUAAACCAGCUGGAAUGCCAUCUUCUCCUCGCUUUUAUUUUGAUAAACUUUCUCUCUAUUGUUGAGAUUCACGUCGUUGCGUCGUACUACCGUCAAGAGAAACAUUUGGAGGAAGUUGAACAGUGUACAAGAACGCACGCCGCCGUAAUAUCGUCAAUGAAAACUCGCGGAGACUUGGAAAAUAUGUUCAUUCACGACGUCUCGCGGGCUCUCCCAAUCAACAGGUCUUCUGCUGCAGAGGCGGAAACAUCGAUUUUCACUUCUUUUAAAGGGGUGCCGGUUUGAUAUGCCUACGAUUCACAUAUGAAAGGCCCAGACAGCGCAUUGCAUUUUAUAAGUUAUAAACAAUGAUUUACCAAAUUUGUAUCUAAGUAUACAUUUUGAUUUUGUUACCAUUAUAACUAAGUUAUCAACUAUUAUUAUACUACUAAUUUUAAAUUUACCACGUAUGAUUUUAGAAAUAUCAUAUUAUACGAUUAAAUAGGUAUAAAUAGGAAAUAAAAAAUAAAA